UGUUCUCCACAUAACGCCAGAGUCCUGCGGCGCUACCGCUCGUCCCGCUCGUCCCGCUCGGGUCCUGUGCUCAUGAUGACGGCUCGGUGCUGGAAACACUUGGCGGCGACUGUUGUCCUCCUAACUGGCUGGCUUCCUGAGGUGGUCCUGCCCUUCAGCCACCUGAGGACCAACCUGUGUAGGUGGUGUGAGGUGUCCACCCCGCUGUGUGAGGACAGUGUCUGCUACAGUAACUGCUCCCUGUCCUCCUUCUGCGAUGCGUCUGAGGAGAUCUGCGUUGCUAUAUGGAGGAAGACCAAUGAGACCAUGACGGUCCAGACUAUGUGUCACCAUCCCGCUCUACCACUAGAGGGCGUAGACCCUGGCCUGCUCCUUAACGCAACCUCCAGGGAGUGUCUUAUGGUCUCCCAGCCCACUGAGGAGGGGGCCAUGUUGGUCUGUGGCUGUCAGGGGGAACAUGAAUGUAACGACAAACUCUUCUUUGACAAGGGACCCAAUGGUUUCUCCAAACUGCAGAGUAAAGAUGUAAUCCCAGUGGUUGUGGUUAGUUUAGUUCCUCCCAUCCUGGUGGCUCUGGUUGCCACUGCCACGUUCUACUUCUACCGCACCCGACGCUCCAGCAAACACAGCCCACCAGCACGCCCAGACUGGCCCACCAAACGAAAUCCAGGCCAAUAUCAGACUUUGGAUGUACCUGGUGGGGGGUUGAGGGCUGGUGGGGAGGAUGGAGGAAAGAUGGGACCACAGGGAGAAGGGGAAGAGUCCAGUGCAAAGGUGUCAUCUCUCAGAGAUGAACCCAUCAGAGAUGUGACAGACGGGCAGGGUCAGAUGGCAGAGCCGCUGCCCAUCAAGUUGGAGUCCCUGGUGGGAAAGGGGCGCUUUGCUGAAGUUUGGAGGGCACGCCUGCUGCAGGGGGAGAAGGGCGGAGUGAGAAGCUAUGAAACCGUGGCAGUGAAAGUGUUCCCAGCUGUAGAGUAUGCAUCAUGGAGAAAUGAAAGGUCCAUCUUCUCUGACCCCAAGCUGGAUCACGACAACGUAGUUCAAUUCCUGGCCGCGGAGGAGAGGGGCCUACCUGGUCAUGCCCUCAGGCAGUACUGGCUGGUUCUAGCUUAUUAUAGCUUAGGGAACUUGCAGGACUUCCUGUCCACCAAUAUUCUGAGCUGGGCGGAACUUGUUGCCAUGGCAGGCAGCGUUGCCAGGGGGCUAGCUCAUCUCCAUAGUGACACAACACUCAAGGGAGUACCCAAGGUGCCACUUGCCCAUCGGGAUCUGAAGAGCAGUAACAUUGUGGUGAAGAGCAGGAUGGAGUGUGCUUUGUGUGAUUUUGGACUAGCAUUGAGACUGGAUCUGUCUCUGACUGUUGAUGACUACGCCAACAGCGGACAGGUAGGAACUGCCCGCUACAUGGCCCCGGAGGUGCUGGAGUCCAGGGUGAACUUGGAAGAUCUAGAGGCUUUUAAACAAAUGGAUGUUUACUCCAUGGCCCUGGUCCUCUGGGAAAUGGUGUCACGCUGUCAUGCCAUAGGAGAGGUAAAAAGCUAUGAGCCAGCAUUUGGGUCUAGGGUGUGUGACCAGCCAUGUGUGGACAGUAUGAGGGACUUGGUGCUGAGAGACAGAGGAAGACCUGACAUCCCCUCAGCAUGGAUGCAACAUCUGGGGACGAGUGUUUUGUGUGCCACCAUCACAGAGUGCUGGGAUCACGACCCUGAAGCCAGGCUCACUGCUCACUGUGUGGUGGAGCGCAUCAACGCCCUUGAACAGGAUGUUGAGACAGAAGAAACUGGAGAGGAGAGAAGACAGCACGAGGAGGAGGAGGCAGGAGGAGAGGAUGGGGGGGAGCAACGACAAGCAGUGAAGACAGAGGAGGGAGAGGAGGCAAGAGAGAAGGACCCAGAGACAACAAACUACAGCCACAUUUACAGCGUACAAUCAGAGGAUCCUCCCUCCUCCUCUUCUCCCCCUGCGCCCUCCCUCGAUUCCUUUGAUAGUGAUGUUCCUCCUUCUCCCUCCUCUCCACACUCCUCCUUCGCUCCUCUCUCUUCCUGCUCCUCCUCUACCCUCUCCACCUCACUCUCAGAGCCAAACAUUGCCAGAGGACGUGACCGUGGGAGCUCCGGGGUCUGCAGGGCCGGCCCCCAGCCCGAGGUUCCUCACCCUGAAGAGACAUGAUGCCCUGGCUCACUGUGGAUCUGUGGUCUAAGCAACAUACCUCAUUUGCUGUUUGUAUAGAUGUUUGUACAGAUGUAGGCACUUAAGACUGGCUAUGCUUGCCUGGUGUUUACCUGGUCACCUUAAAUCAGUCUUUUGCAGCAAAUGCAAACUGGCAGUUAUCUCUGUAGCGUGAGAAAAGGCCCAGCUGAGAUUUGCCUUGAGAGGAUAAAAUCUGUGCAACAGAGCAGUAAACUAUCAGGAAAUCUAGCCACUCGAGUCACAAGACUUGGACUUGAGGUAGACUCAAGUCACAAAUUUGUUGAAUUUAGAUUUGACUUGACAAAACUCAAAAAAACUUGCAACUCGACUUUGACUUUAACACAUAACUCAUGACUUUACUUGGAGCCUUUUGACUUGAAAGACUCAGUGCCGUCUCCAAACCCAGAGACAAAAGUGCUUUUAAAAAGUGUGGCCAAUAAACUCUUUAUUUCCAUUAUUACAGAUCCACUUUGAAUCAACCCAUAAUAAAUAAAAAACAUUAAUGAUUUGCAUAAAUGUUAUUAUAUUAAAUUGCUGACAGUUUGAAUUGCCGUGAAAUUCGAUGAGGAGUGCAUAAUGACUUGUUUAAGACUUAAAACUCAAAGUUUAGGACUUGGCACUUGACUUGGAGCUUGAGUACCAAGACUUGAGACUUACUUGUGACUUGGAAGACAAUGACUUGGAAGACAAUGACUCAGCCCCACCUCUACUCUGAUCUAUUUAUUGCUAUAUAUAACCAGUAAAACUACAUACAAUUUGAAAUUCCCCCAUUGUAGAUGGCAAGAGUUUUGUUCCACAAUUGAAAAGGUUUUAUGUUUUCCAUUGAUACUAUAAAUGCGGUGAUUUUCUCUUGAAACAUAGCACAUCAGGACCAAACAUUAUUAUAUAACUGGACAAGCUGUUCUUUGGUGACUAACUGGAAUGGUAAAUGACUGACGCAGGAGAACAGAAAUGACCAAAGACACAUUCGGUAUCUGUGCCUUGAGUUUGAAAUGCUCACCUUGUCAACACAGGCCCAUUAUUUCCUUUUAUUAACAUGCUUCUGCACUCAAAUCAUGAACUGGGACUCUUGACUCGUCUCCAAACUGAAAUUAUGAGAAGUACCCAGUGCAAAAGGUGGGUUUGCGGGGCAGGUGUCAUUAGUCGUGUGCAUUGCAUCCUGCAGACGGGUUCUGUUAAGGAAAUAUGAAAUUUUGUUUUGUUUUAUGAAAAUGUUUUCCAAUUAAUGGAGCUGGUCUCCCACUGCUGAUGUGACGUCAUUCCUCAAUAGCGACUGUGAUGGCUUGUUGUAUCUUAUCUGUGUGAGAGGGAGCUGCUCCCCUACCCUGUGUGAGUAAAUCUUUGGUUAAAUGUAAACAGGACAGUGAACGUAAUUUUCUACCAUCUGCAGCACACAUCUGUCCUCGUCAUGAGUCUAAAAAAAAAGAAAAAAAUCUGCUAUGUAAUUAGUUGCUAAUUGGACUGUUUGCACUUAGUAUGUAAAUCUAACUUGUGUACUCAGAUAACUGCACACACACACACACACACACACACACACACACAUGGUGCAAUACUUUCAGUGUCAUAAAUAAAUGUACC